AAAUUGUCCAUGACAACGACUUGGAUUACAUUGUUAUGCAGUUUGGCCGAGUCGAAAGGGACUCUUUUACUAUGGAUUACAAAUAUCCCAUGUGCUUACUUCAGGCCUUUGCUAUUGCCCUAACAUCGUUUGACGCUAAACUUGCUUGUGAAUAAAGUUAAAUGUAGAAUGCGAUCGUUAGGAAGAAAAUGAACACUCCCCCUGACCCGAGCACACUGCUUAAUUAGGAAAUUCCUUGUUACUUAAUUUUGUUUUAAAUGUCAAAUGUAUAAAUACUUAAUCCGUCCUAACCCCGUCUUUUCUUUCUUUUUUUCUUUUUUUGUUCACGCCGUCCCUUUUUACACUAAAAUGUUGUCCAACAGAAGCGAACGCAGAGCGAUUCAAAGAGCCGAAUUAAAAAAGUUGAAAAAGGAGGAAAAGAAGCAAGCAUUGAACGGAUUGAAUUCAAACCGGUUCAACUCCAAAAAGUAUCCAAAAGCAUCUCAUCCUAUUCAAUUAGCAUACAAAAAACGCGAAAAUAUUCAAUCUACAGAUACAUUUACUAUAGAAUAUAUACAUCUUGCUCCUUCCUACCACGAUACCGAUCAAGACAGUGUUGGUUCUUCUUUAAGCAGCAAUGAAUUUGAGACUGCAUUGGUCAGUCCUGAAGAAAGUAGUGAUGAAGACUUGAAGGACUACCCUCUUGCAGAUAAACUGUCUGGUAUGGAAUUAGCGUCAGCGGGCACUGGAUACCCCUUGAUCGACAAAGAAAACGGUGGCAUCGUUGUGGCUGAAAGCACAGAGCUUACAGGCUUGAAGGCAAUGUCACUUCUUGAACUCACUGAUUCCUUUAUAGAAGAUAGACAUGCCGUGAGAGAUUUUCAAGAUCAGCACGACCGUCUCGACAAGAGUACAGUCCUUCUGGAGUGUAUCACCAUAGCUGAAACACAGGAUUUAAACGGUAUAAACAAACAGAGUAACGACGAUGGUAUCAUGGAUAGCUUGGACAUUUCAUUCAACAAAAAUACGUCGAUUCAUGAUCAGAAUGAAGUGGCAAUCGAUGGCAAUGCAUUUAGAUGUCAGAUUGUCAACCCACUUGAAUUAACUGCCGAGCCAGAAGCCUGGAAAUCAAAAAGCAGCCUUAUAUCAGCCAAUGACGAUGUUCUUGUGGAUACCAUUAGUGGUAGUUCCGACAAUCAAUGCACGUUUUUGCCACUGGGUGACUAUAAUCAAGAACACAUGUACAGGGCUUGUAAUACUUUAGGAGAGAAAACAAUUGAAUUGAGAGGAAAUCAGGAGAAGGAAGCUAGGGCUGAGGCGAAAACAGCCCAAGGUAAAGCAUCCUCUACGCCAACACUUUUAUUAGCAACGCCAAAGCCUCAAAAUCAAGCUACUCCUAGUGGAUCACAAAGUUAUACGAUAACCUCACUACGUGGCUCAAAUUCUGUAGAAAAGAAAAAGAAGAGCGUAUUCACUCGUGUGUUUAGAAAAGAGUCUAAAAAGGUAUACAUUUCUCUUGUUUUUACAUUUUGCUAACAAACCCUUUAGGAACCAAAAAAGACCAGUUCAGGGACAAAGACUGAAGAAAAAUCAGAAAACAAAAAGAAAUGGAAGAUAUGGAAAAAGCUAUAAUAAAUCAAGCUUUUACUGUUUAUCUAAUCACACAUAUGACCGCAG